AGAAUAUAUUACAUUAACCGUAGUUAAAGUGGUUGUCUACUUGAUUUUAAAAUUGUUUUCCUUAUUCGAAUGUAGAAUUUUAUUAGAAUAUCCACGAAUACCCAUUUUUUAAAUUUUAAUUCUUUUUCUAAUUUUACAUUUAAUUUAUGGAACUUUCUUUCUGUAAUUUCACUACACUUUAAACUAAAAUAUAAAUUUGUAAGGGAAUGGAAAAGACAAAAUCGCCGCCUGUUGUUGUUCCUUCUGAUGUUACAAUUUGUGAGAAUUUGUACUCGACUGGCACUCGAGAACUAACUUCAAUGGAGAAACUCGGCCUUCUUCUUACUCCAAACCCAAUCAGAUUCAAUUACACUAAAAAUGACCGAUUUGAACUACAGUCUGUUCUAUCCAAAAAGUACUCAGAUGAUCCUGAUUAUAUCACUGAUAUCCUUCUUACGAGACAAAAGUCGAUUAGUAAACAGGUUUCGGCGAAGGUGUUUAGUUUAUUUGGAUUUUUGGGCACUGCAGUAGUAACUCUGUACUCAUUGAGGUAUCAUUCGAUAAAGACCAAGGUGUUGGUAACACCUUUCAGUUCUUACUUUGGUUACCUUGCCGGACAACAGGCUGGUAACCUUUACUACGGUCGCUGGAGUGAGUUUGGCCGUGACCGAGCCCUAGGGAAACUCCCUGCAAAACGGUUCCUAACUCAGGAAGAAAUGGAUCAAUAUUCUAAUAAAUAA